AGGAUUGCCUUCCAUUGCAUCUUUACCCAUAUUAUGCAAUGGAUAUCCUUCAGUACAAUGUACUUGACAUCUUCCAAAAUGAUGACCACAAUAUUAAGGAUAAAUGGAUAUCGUCGUGUCGGGAGUUUCGACUACGUGUUGACAACAAGAUCGAACAGAGGCAUCUCUAUGAAAAGGAAUGCAGUAAAAUAAAAUCUGUUUAUACGAAUAACUUAUCAGAGUUGCAACAGGAAUUUAACACAACAAAAUCUGAUGUAGAUUCUGUCAUAUUGGAGCAGAAAAUAACUGAUAAAAAGAUAUUAAAUGUAAUAAAGUCGCAGGAGGAUCUGAAGGAUGAACUGAAAAAGGCAAAGGCACGAAAGGAAGACUUGGUACUGGAAAUGGUGGACCUACAACACGAAGUAGAAGAAAGGAAGAAAAAGAAAGCCUUACAAUGGAAUGCCAUUAAACGUGCAUGUAACAUUUACAAAGUACAUUUGGAUAUACAAAUAAGUUUUCAAGAGGAUAAGGAUUGUCAGUUCAUAAACAUAUUCUUUUUCACAAACAAUGAAGCAACAAAGAAUAAAUACUUUAUUCAAUUAUCAUACAGUGAUAACCACUGGACAAUCCUUCAAGUGGAACCAAGAAUAAAGAAAGAGCACUUCAAUGAGCUAAGUGUUAUAAAGGUUUCUUCUGAAUGUCUCAAAGUCUCAGACAUCACUUUGUUUUUAUGUCAAAUACGAAGUAUAUUUCUAAAGCAUUACAUGAAAACGUAGAAAAAAAAAUUAUUAAACAUAUAAUGAUAUGUACAUAAUUAAAUAAAACCGUG